AUUUGGUUUCGUUGUUGGUGAAAGAGGGACGGAGCGCGCGACUAGUUCUAGGGAGAAAUUUGCGUGGUUUUCCACACGCGCGCACACACACACACAGCUACACAGCGAUACACGCACACAUACACACUUGAACAAGUCGCGUCGCGAAGAAGGGAACACAGGAACAAUCGGAAAAACGACACCACCCCCGCGCGCAGCGCCUUCUUAGAUAUUCUUGCUUCCGGUUUCCGGUUUUUCCAUUUCUGAAAACGUCAGGUUUGUCGCGUAAUUGUGACAGCAGGUCUGUCAGGAAAAUAGUUGUUCCAAUUCAAUAGUUUUUGAUAUCAGGCGUGUGCGUGGAGGGUCCGUGCGUGAAAAGAGGAAAAGAAGAGAAGGCCGAAAGUGGCAUAGAGAGAGCGAAAAUCCAUUGUUUUAGCAGGGAAGAAGAGAGCGAAAGCUGAUAGCAAAAAAAAAAGAGAGCUCGCGCAAAACGGUAGAUAAUUGCGGGAGGAAAAAUCACGGCACUCUGCGUGCGUAUUGUUUGUGUAGGAGUGUGUGUGUGUUGCGUCGCGCGUCUCGGCGUAGACUUGAGAGAAAGAGAAAUAAAGGAAGAAAGAGGAAAAUCAAGUAAAAUAAUAGUAAAUUUAAGCAGCUCGGCGAAUUGCGGUGCGAGAGGAAAAAAGUCGCGGAGUAAAGAAAGCAAAGAAUCGUAAAGAAGUAAAGCAUCAAAAGAGGAAAAGUGAAGCAAGCAAGUGAAUAAAGGAAAAAGUGUAUGCGUGUGCAAAUUGUGCAAUAAAAUCAAUCCAAGAGUUUUAGUCUUGUUGUGGUCGCGCGCGUGAUUGUUUUGUUUGCUCCGCCAAACAAAGCAGCAGUUUGACACUUGUUCAUCAACCCACCAACCACCCAACCCCCCCUUUUAAAACCGGCACCACGGCGGCGUCAAACGGCACCAAGAUUUUCCCGAUCGAGUCAAUCGGCGGUGGCCACCAGCAGCAGCAGCAGCAGCAGUUGCAGUACUCCCCGUACGGCAGCGGCGGCACUAGCGGCCUCGGUGGCAACAACCCCCAAAUGAUCAUGGCGUUCAAUGGUUCGAACGGGGCCGGGGGUGGCGGCGGCGGUGGCCAGGACGGACCGCACAACAAGCGGCUCUGCACCGGCCAGGAGAUGAUCGAGACGAUUCCGCUGAACAGUCGGAACAACAACAACAACAUAAACGUCACAGACGAGCCCCGGCGGAAGCGCGAGGUGGCUACGCGACCGAACCAUAUCCUGCUGUUCACCAUCAUCAAUCCCGUCUAUCCGAUUACAGUGGACGUUCUGCACACCAUCUGCAACCCGAACGGACCAGUGCAGCGCAUCGUGAUAUUCAAGAAGAACGGCGUCCAAGCGAUGGUUGAGUUCGACAGCAUCGAUUCCGCCACCCGAGCCCGGGAAGCCCUCAACGGGUGCGACAUCUACUCCGGCUGCUGCACACUGAAGAUCGACUACGCCAAGCCAGAAAAACUCAAUGUUUACAAAAACGACACGGACUCCAGUUGGGACUACACAUUGGAAGCCGCCGGCAAGGACGCCUGCAAUGGACGCGCCCCGCUGCUGCACGAUCCAACAAUCUACGGGGGACGGCCCACUCCUUACAACGAUCGUCAAUCUUUAGUCACUCGAGGACCUAAACCAGCCCUGCUCGGCGCCGGCGGUGGCAACGGAUUCGCCCCGAACUUUUCCCCGCCCGAGUUCCACCCGUCGGAGAACUGGAAGCCCACGCCGGCCGGAACGCACGUCGGCCUGAUGAAGGACCCGCCGCUCACCCGGAACGGCCCGGCCAACUUUAUCCAACCGGCACAGCAACAGGGCGCCGUGAUGAUGGUCUACGGCCUCGACAGCAGCACAGCCAACACCGAUAAGCUGUUCAAUCUGUUCUGUCUGUACGGAAACGUUGUCAGGAUAAAGUUCCUGAAGACCAAAGAAGGCACCGCCAUGGUCCAGAUGGGAGAUGCCAUCGCCGUGGAACGCAGCAUCCAGCACUUGAACAACAUUCCAAUCGGCAACGAUGGCAGCAAAAUUCAGAUCGCAUUUUCCAAGCAGAACUACUUGUCCGAGUCCACCAACCCGUACACCCUGCCGGACAAUUCGAUCAGCUUCAAGGACUACAGCGCCUCCAAGAACAACCGCUUCCUGUCGCUGACCCAGGCCAGCAAAAAUCGCAUCCAGCCACCGAGCAAGAUCCUCCACUUCUUCAACACCCCGCCCGGCAUGUCCGAGGACCAGCUGCUGCAGGCGUUCACCAGCAAGGACUGCCACCCGGCCCAGGUGCGGAUGUUCCCGCUCAAGUCGGAACGCUCCUCGUCCGGCCUCGUCGAGUUCCCCAGCGUGUCGCUCGCGGUGGCCGCCAUCAUGAAGUGCAACCACAGCGCGAUCGACCACAAAGGCACAAAGUUCCCGUUCAUCAUGAAGCUGUGCUUCUCCUCGUCCAAGACGAUGAACGGCGCGUGGAACAACGAGAACAUCGAGAACAUCAACACGAUCCCGGUCGUAAGCGGGGGCGUCCCGAUGGCUUCCUCCUCCGUGUCCGCCGUCUCGGUCCAACAGCAGCAGCAGCAACAGCAGCAGGUGCAGUCCAUUGGGGUCGUACAGGUGAAGCAGGAUGACGAACCGAUGUAAAUUCUUCGUCCACAAUCGCGCUUUCAAUUUUUGGCGUAACGGUGUGCGUGUGUCUGUGAUUAGCCAGAGUCCAAAAACAGCGAGCGUAAUCGGCACCACCACCACCACAGAGAAAGAAAAGGGGAAGCGGGGGGUGGAGAGCCCCUUUCUUCUUCAAACCCCACCAUCAGAAGCAGAUUCGAUAACCGUUUAAUGAUGAUCAUCACCUAAAUCUUACUUUAAUCAGCAAACAAAAAAAAAGAGGUUCAUUAACGUCCGACUCAACACAAUAUCGAUAUCGCGUAAAAUUUGUACAGAUUUUUUGGCCGGAAGAUGCAAAACAAACAAACAAACAACAUUAGUCACCGUAGAAAUUUUGAGAUUUGCAUUUCCCUUUAUUCUCGUAAAACUUUUGAUUUUCCUUCAUAAUUACAAAACAAUUCAGCUUCCUUUAAAGCGCUAGAAGAAGAAGCAGUUACAGAAGAAGUAAAACAAAAAACACAAGCAGUGAAGAACAUUGAAAAAGACAUUAUUUAUUGCUUAGGAUAUAAGGAAACUCUAACACACACUCGUAGAAGUUUAGGAAAACACACACACUCUUUCUUUCUUUUCAUACAUUUUCAAUUGUUGUUUGAGUUUAGUAAAGCGCGCGCGCGCGAUUGAGCGAGAGUCUUUAACUUUGUUUUCACUUCUUUUAAUUGGACAGCGCGCGCAGAUUUGUGUAGAUAACGUGAGAAUAAGAGAAGCAGCUUAAAACAAUUGGAAAAUCGCAAAAAUAAGAAGAAAACUGAAUUUGUUGAACUAUUUUAAAUAAAUUGAAAGCAAACAUCGUAGUGAAAUUAGUUUCAAAUUGUAUAUUAAAGCAAGUGUAAGCGAGCGGAGCAGAAAA